AUGUCUACUUCUUCUGAAGAGAAAUAUCAAAGAGAAUUCCAACGUCAAUACAUUUCUCGUUUAAUGGAUAAACAUGGGCUAUCUUUUAUUGACAAAUACCAAAACAAAUUAAAUAAAUUAAUGGAAUCAGAACCAUUUUUAAAGACAUUAGAUAAAGUUUCAUUUGUUUGUGGUGUAUUAACAUUAUUACUUACUCAACAUAUAUUGUCAGCACUUCCCCAAUUUAUGCCAUAUUAUUAUGUUAUUUUAAUUUUUCCAUUAUUAGGAGCUCGUUAUUUUAUUUACAAAAAGAAUGGAUGGCAAUAUUUUAUGAUUGACUUUUGUUAUUUCUGUCAAAUUAUAACUCUACUUUGUAUUUUUUCUUUAAAUACUGAAUACAUUUCACCAUUAUUCCAAAUAGCUUUUGUAUUUUCUCAUGGUCCUUUGUUAACAGCAAUUCCAAUGUGGAGAAAUUCAUUAGUAUUUCAUGACUUAGAUCGUUUAACAAGUGUUUAUAUUCAUCUAUUUCCAGGACUAGUAAUUUAUUGUAUUAGAUGGUAUGUAUUAACUACAGUACCACAAUUAACAAUAAUGAAUGGUUUAAUUAUUCCAUCUUUCCUUUAUAUUUUAUGGCAAAUUAUUUAUUUAAUUAUUACAGAAGGAUUUAAAAAAGAAACUAUUAAAAAGAAUCAUUAUAUUACAUCACUUAUUUGGUUAAGUCAAGAACAUCCUCAUCCAGUUUAUCUUUAUUUAUUAAAGAAAGGUUUUAAAGAUAGACCAUUGGUAAUAUUAAUAACUGUUCAAUUUAUUUACACUAUAAUAACUAUUCUUCCUACUUUCAUUUAUUAUCAUUAUCAAUACUUAGAAUUAUUAUGGAUUCUUUUCUGUGUUACUUGGGCUAUUUCAAAUGGAGCUAAUUUUUAUUUUGAAGUAUUUAUUAAAAAAUACUCAAAAAGAGUUGAUGAAAGUGUUAAAGAAUUAAGGAGAUCAGAGUCAAAUACUUCUAUUCAAACUCCUAAAAUUUUAGAUGAAAGAUCUACUUCUCCAAAUGCAUUAUCAGAAACAAGUGAUGCAGAAUAA